AUGAAGGGAUGGACACAGGUGCUCCUUCUCCUGUUCUCAGUAGCGAUUACGGUUCGAGCGGCCGAGUACAAGCUUGACCAGAAAGAUACGCAACGAUGCUCCGGCAUGUAUAGCAAGAAGUCCUGGGGAGGGAACGUCGAACCUUUUAUCCUCGUCAAGUUCCUCAAAGCCGAAGCAAAGGAGGGAGCAGACCCGACGGUCAGCUUGUUGGUAUACGAGUAUGACGAUACAAAGUUCAUCGGCAAGCCAUCAGAUGUUCCAGUGAACAACAGGCAAUUGAUCUGCAAUGAAGAGACAAUACAAGGAAAGCUUUGCAACGAAACCCACAAGGGCGAAUGGAUCGUAGCCGACAACGCCGACGAAGCCUCCAAGAAUCCCAUCAUGACAAAAGCAAUCCACCUCACAGCGCCCGGCGCCGUCCACUACCCCGUCUCGCGCACGGGAUACUACUGCGUCUACACUUAUUCGUACGAACAGGGUCAAGAAUACACUGCCGUCGUCGAGUUCCGCAACGCGUACGGAGAGCUUCCAGCCGCGCAAAUCGCCAAGCUACCGUUCUAUGGCUCCCUGGCUAUAGUCUACGCUGUGGUCGGCGUCUUCUGGGGCUUUCUGUACUACCAAAACCGCCAAGACAUCCUCCCGGUCCAGAACUACAUCACAGCAAUCAUCGUGUUCCUUGUCGUGGAGAUGCUCAUGACGUGGGGUUUCUACGACUAUCAGAACAGACAUGGCAACAACAUCGGCAGCAAGGCGCUGAUGAUCGUCGUCUCUAUACUCAAUGCCGGGCGAAACUCCUUCUCCUUCUUUCUACUGCUCAUUGUCUGUAUGGGCUACGGUGUCGUCAAGCACACCCUCGGCAAAACCAUGGUUGUCGUCCGCUGGCUGGCAGCUGCGCACUUCGUCUUCGGCGUCAUCUACGCCAUUGCUAGCUUGACUGUGCAUCCGGAUGAUGCCGGCCCGUUGGUCUUGCUUGUCAUUCUACCGCUCUCGGGCACUCUGACAGCUUUCUAUAUCUGGACGCUCAACUCCUUGAACCUCACUAUCAAGGACCUCAUCGACCGGAAACAGACCGUCAAGGGUUUGAUGUACAGAAGGUUGUGGUGGUGCAUCCUCACCAGCAUCAUCGUCAUCUUCGGCUUCUUUUUCUUCAACUCGUUCACCUUCGCCGGAGUGGGCGACGCAGACUUUGCGCCCACGCACUGGCAGUUCCGCUGGUUCGUCCUUGACGGAUGGCUCAACCUUGUCUACCUCACCGACGUCUGUUUCAUCGCCUAUCUCUGGCGGCCGACGGCGAACAACCGGCGAUUCGCCAUGAGCGACGAGAUCAACCAAGACGAUGAAGGCUUCGAAAUCGCCUCCAUCCGCGACUCCCUCGACGAAGAAGAAGGCCGUGGCCCCUCGUCCAUCAACCCGCCAGCAUAUGAUCCCGCGCCGCGCAUUGACCGCGACAGGUCGCCGCUGCCGGCGCCGAAACCGCAGAAGCCGGUUCAUCCGCCAAGAGAAUCGCUUGAUGGCGAUACUAUCUUUGCAGUUGGCGAUGAGGAUAAGUGGUCAGAUGAUAUGGACUCGCCGCGGGGUUCGGAGGGGAAUGAGAGGAAGGGGUUGACUGGGGGUAGUACAUAG